GCCGAGCUUCUCGUCAUGGAAAGGACCAAGAAACCUGUCGGAAGCCUGAAACAGCGGCAACCUCUUCUUUUUUAGCUACCACCCCCUCCAACCCGUCGCACCCCAACACAACACACGGCCGAUUACAGUACCUACACUACACCCUCACUCACGCAACAAUGGCAACGUCGCCCUCACUGCCUAAGCUGCCGCCCAAUUAUCAAAAGGCCUUCGAGCUGAUCGACGAGGCCCACAGGCAAGACCCCAGGCCGUCGGGUGUCGAGUCUGUCCCUUUUGAACUCGACUAUGCCCAGAAGAUGACCCGCUGGCUGGCUGUGCGAUGUCCCUCAGCGUCUCCCGUCUUACAGCUGGCUUGCCGCGCCCAGCACUUCAGGAGAUGGGAGACCCCCCGCAACACGUAUCCAAUGACCCGGCCGGGAUACCUCGCUUGGCGGGCGAAGCUCAAGUCCCAGGCCGCGGCGCAGGUGGCUGAGCUCAUCUCAUCGUCGCCCGAGAUCCACCCGGCCCUGCCUCAGGAGGACGUCGACCGCGUGGCGGCUCUCAUCCGCAAAGAGAACCUGAGCGCCGACGAGGAGACGCAGGUGCUCGAGGACGUGGCGUGCCUCGUCUUCCUCGACGACCAGUUCGAUGCCUUUGAGAGCAAGGACGAGAUCGACGAGGACAAAAUCAUCGGCAUCCUGCGCAAGACGUGGGCCAAGAUGAGCGAGCCCGGCCACGCGCUGGCGCUGAAGAUGGACCACAGCGAGAGGGCCAGAACUCUUAUCGGCAAAGCUUUGGCGGGGUGAGACGAGGUUGGAAGGGGGGUAGUAGUAUAGAAAAACCUACCUAAAACUUUUGAAUGAAAAAAAUAAAAAAAAUAAAAAAAGAAUCGACAGCCAGCUAGCUGCCUGCCGAUGCUACCCCGG